AUGAGUAAGAAGAUCAGAACAGGCCCGAGGAUACGCGUGACGCGUCCGGCACUCCACAGGCGACCAGAAGAAUACCCGACUUUCGAAAACCAGAACUUCAUAUACUCGUGUCAGUAUUGCUGUGUGAAAUUCACGCAGAACAGUCACUUUUUCCGCCAUAUGACGUCGAACCAUCAAGUACAGCAACGCCAGGCGACUUUCCAAUGCAACGAAUGCCAGAUAAUCUUCAGGCGCAAGAGCAAUCUCGAUUUACACUGUCAAACUCACCAUCAAACUAAGAGCAAGUCGAGAUGUGAAACUUGCGAUAUCACUUUCAAAUCGCGUUAUUGCUUACGUCGCCAUUUGAAACUGAAGCAGAUUCUAGCGGAAAACUCCUGCAUCAAGUGUCAGAAGAAGUUCACGAGUAAAGAAAGACUGAACAAGCACUACAAUAGCAAACAUACAUACAAGAAUCUAACAUUUGAAUCGAAGGUCCCAGAUUCCAACAGUGUCUUAGAGACCAAAAAAGCUAAUAGCCCUAUUAUUAUCAAUAAAUUCGAAAUGGCAUCUUCUGCAACUUUGGUGGAUGACCCUACAAGUAGGUUCAAAUUCUUGGAAAACAAAUUAAUAGUUUCAGUUACAAUGUACAAAGAUCUGAUAAAUUAUGCCAAUAAUGAAUAUAAGAAAUGUCUGCACAAUGACCUAUGUAAGGAAACAAGAUACGCAUAUUCAAUUGACUCCACCCUGAUUAAUGUUCUGAUGCUGGACACAGACCCACCACGCUGUAACAGUGAUAGUUGGUCAGCUGGAGCAACUACUUUCACUUCAUUAUUGAUGACAACCAGUGCCGACGGGAUACUGACGCUCCCUAUUUGCAAACUCCGGUCGUAG